AGAUCGACACGUCUUCCGCAUCAACAUCCGGCGACACGUUUGCCCAAAGUCUUCAUUCCCCGAUCGCCGUUCAAAUCAGCUUAGCGCCGUUUUAAUGAUAAACCUACGCGUUUUCUCCCUUUCCCCUCCUUAACGACAGCUUCCACUUUGAGAGUUCGCGUGUUAGUCAUCCAAGCAGAGGAGAUUUGAGGGCCAAAUGGGGGAGGUGAGGAAACUGCAGAAGAAGUUGAGGCAGAUUGAGAAUCUGGAAAUAAAAAUCGAUCUCAACCCCGAGGAAAGAUUCAAGAUCUCCAGGAAGGAGGAGCUGCGGUGCAGAUUGGCGGAGCUUCAGCUGCAGCUCUGUGGCCCGCAACAAGCCCCUGGGAGCCCGGAGGCCGACAUGAAAAGAGCAGCGGAGGACGCCCCCGAGGUCCUUCCAUCACAAGCGCCCCCGGCCUCCAAGAUCUUGAGGGGCCUGGAGGAAGCCGGGCCAGCGCCGCCUGCCACGCCGAGAGCGACAGGAGCCGUCGGGGGGACGGCUCGCUGCCACCAAAGGCCGCAGAAUGUCAUGGCGGUGUCACGUCCGGGACGGGACGCGAAUGGAAGGCAACUGGCAGGAGAAGAUUCCGAGCUGACAUCCCUGAAAACAUGUUGGCAGAAGGCAAAGUUCCGCUUGAGGCUGUUGGAGGGUCACAAUGACAUCAUCACCUGCGUGCUCGCCGUUGACAACCUGGUGAUUUCUGGCAGCCGCGAUACGACCGUCAAGGUGUGGCACGUUCCCACGGCAACGGAGCACAAGAACCUGGGGGGUCACACCGGCGGGGUUACCAGCCUGUCUGCCCCUCCCGCCGAGUACUGCAAAAAGCUAGCCUGGUCGCUGUCAUUGCCAGACGACGAGAGGUUCAUUUUGAGCGGCUCGGCAGACUGCAACGUCAAGAUCUGGGCCCUGAGCAUCGGCCAGUGUGUGAAGUCUAUCUACACGUUCAACGCUGUGACAGCGCUCAGCUUUGUGCCCGAGGGCGACGGCUACAUCGUAACUGGAUCAGACGGGGGCAAGGUUCAAGCCUGGAGCUGGCGCACUUUGGAUAACUGCCAAUCAAUCAACGCACACCAGGAAGCCGUCACCUCCAUUCAGUGCCAGGGUCCGCUGGUGUUCAGCGGCUCGUCCGACGGAGGGGUGUCCGUGUGGGAGAACCGCUGUCGCCAGCGAGACCCCCUGAGACUGCUGCACGGCUGGAGCGGUCAGGUGACGGGUUGCGCGGGGGGGCGGCUGGCCCUCAGUCCCCGCGGGGAGAGAGUGCUGCUCGCGUACGGGCGGCCCUGGAUCAACAUCCUGCACUGGAUCACGGGAACGGUUUCCAGACUGACCAAUCACAGCAGCGUCACCGGGGUGACCGACUGCGUGCACCAGACAGCCGGCCUCCUCAUUGGCUCCUGCUACGACGUGGCCAAUGGCGAGAGCACGCUCAACUUGUUCUCCCUGCCUCAGUGUCACUACCUGGCCUCUCUGACCUGGCCCCGAGCCCCCAGAAUGCUUUGCUUCGCCGCGUGGACCACGGGGAGCGGCGACCACCGCUGGGUCAGCGGCGGGCGCGACCUCGUGGUGUGGGAGCAGCUCCCUGCCUCCAGAAAGCAAAGCUCCAUCGCUCCUGUCGCACGACUGACCGCCCUCGUCUCCCUGGUCCUGGUCGUCCUGGUGACGCGGCCCUCGGCUUGUCACCGUGACGACGAGGGCGAGGAGCGGGCGGAGGCCCCGGCCGUCCAGCUGUCCGUCGGCGCCCGGGCGACGCCCACCCCGCUCUGGGCGGUGGUCUGGGGGCCCACGCAGCCCCUGGAGGACGAGACCUACCACCUCCUCUCCAGUAGUCAGGAAACGGAGCGGCUGCGCCAGCGCGGGAGCCAGCGGGAGGCGGGCACGGCCGCCGCGUCCUCCGCCGACUGGCUCUACCACGACGCCAGCACGCAUCCCCGAGAGGACGCGCCGCCGGAGUCGUGGAACCGGGGGGGCGCCGAGGACGGCGGGGCGGAGGAGGCCGAGCUGGAGGAAGUGGACCCUCAGUUCUACGUCACCGUGACCAUCUCCACGCUGCUCAUCCUCACGGCGAUCAUCAUCACGGCGAAGCUCUGUUACGACCGCGGCUGUUCCCGGCAUCCGCCCCCGAUGUCCCGUGGCGUGGCCCCGCCCCUCUCCCGCGCGCUCCCGUGCUCCCUGCCGUCCGAGGAGAGCCGGCAGACACUGCACAGCGCCUCCUUCUCCUUCGCCGACCGGGAGAGGAUCCCGGUCGUGAACCUCUGAAGGGGCUCCUUUUAUUAUUUUUUUUCCACUCUGCCAUAUGGUGAACACUUCUACGAGCCUCCAGAAUUUUCUUUUUUUUUGGGGGGCCGCCUGCAGCAGCAUUUUUCAUUUUCUCCCAAACUGUGAAAUACGUUCGGGGACGCAAACUCCUCGGCUUCCCUGAGGUCUUAAACCUCAACUCAUCAUGCUCUCGCCUCUUUCCUUCCUUCCUUCCUUCCUUCCUUCCUUUCUUCUGUAAAUUUCCUCCGUGCGGCUGUCACGGCCCCGAGCUGUGCCAAGCGCCGACCCGCCGUGACGAAUUCACAAACAAACAAUUUAACAGCCGUGCAGUAUCCCCGUCUGAGGGCCCAAUCUCGCACCCCCCCCUCCCCGCCCCACCGCGCGCUUCCAGUCGCGCAGUUGCACCUCGCAAGACUUGUUGUUUCGCUACUCCGUCGCCACAAAAACAUUCCCUGUUUUCUCGCUCGUAAAUGGCGGAGUGUCAAAGGCGUUUUUUUCGUCACGGACCGCAUCCUCGUGAGGCUGUCGAGACAACAUGUGGACUUACGACAGAUUACAUGUGCACAAUCCCCCCCCCCCACCCCCACCCCGACAGUUUGAUCGUAAUUACGGUGGUGCCUUGAGAUAUGAUUAGCCAGCGUUUAGCGAUUAGCCAUCUUUUAGCCAGCGUUCGGACGAUCUUUUGCUUUUCGACGACGGUGUAAUGGGACUUCUCUAAUGACUGAGUCACAAUCAUUGGCAAAAAGUGAACCAAUUCAUUUAAAAAUAAAAUAAAAAGGGCUUCAAGGAAAAACAAGCACACAUUUAACUUUGCCUGAACUCCACUGCUAAUCCACUGCUAAUGCUAACACAGAACAGAAAAGGCCGUAGCAUCUACUGUAUGUGGUGAAGUAGGCCUGUUUUGCACACAAAUGGUGCAGCAAAACAUGUAGACAGAAAAUAUCGCUCUACUCAAAGACAUACGUUUCUUCUCCACAACAACAAAAACAACAACUGUUGCUUCCGGUUUAUCGAGUCAAUUUCUUCUUCCUUUGUCUGUGUGAACAUAUCAUACUGCCGCCUGGGGGCCAAGUUUUGCAUGCCAGAAGGAGCUGCAAUGAAUUCAUUUUGAUGCACAAACUAUAAUUAUUUAUGUUAUUCUGUUUUGCCUAUAUUUUUGUACAAAGUGCAACGUUACAGAGUUUCUUUCAAAAUCAUGUGAAAAAUAAAGUUUUUGGGGGAGCGAUUUCCAUUGAAUUUCAUUCGGAAAGUUGAUUUGAAAUGUGAAUAUUUUGAGCUCAGUGCGCGGAGCAAAGUCAACUCAUAUCUCAAGGCACUUUUGUGGAAUAUACGAACAACAAAUUGAAUGCUCAUUCCUUGGGCGGGUGUUUUUUCCAACUGGUAUUCCUCAUGAUUUGUUUCCUUCAUUAUCUGGCGUUCGCCUCUUUGUUCACACCGCGGGUGUAAUGAGCAAAACACUUUCUUCCAAAGCCUUCAUGGCUAUUCCGGCAACCAAUCCCAAAGGUUGGCUUUUUUCUUUUUUUGGGCGGGGGUCUUUGUUUACACUUGACAACAGAAACGGAUUUACCGAGACGUCCUCAUGGAGAGCCAAGGACGACGGCGACAAGGCGACGUGGAUUUUUUUUUUGUUUUUUGACAGGUACUUGCAUUGUGGAAACAAGCACCAUCAUCUGCCUUCACAUGUCAUCAACGUACAUCAUGCGAAAGAGGCACCAAAGGAACUUUCAAGGGAACGUUUGAAAUGUAUUAUUCAUAAAUGUCUAUUUUUCAUGUACCGGUGGGCUUGUGACGUCUUCUAGAACCGCGCAAAGACACGCGUCAGACUUUGGUCUUUUCCAAGCGGUGGGAAUCGAAGUAUUGAGACAGCAGGUCAUUUGGAAAAUCCACCUACGCAGUGUCCACUUGAUCUCCUCGCAGUGAGGACUGUUUCACUCUGUUCCGUUCUCACUGACCAUUGAGAAUGGACUGUUAAAACAUCUUGCUUACUUAACUUUUAUUGUCUCUUGAAGUACAAGUAUGUAACGCAGUCUCGUAACAUGGGGGAGAACCACGUUACUUCCCGUUUCCCUCACCCAAAGUUGUCCCACUGGCAACAUCAACUCAAUCUAAAAAUACUAUUGUUGCAAAGACGACAACGCUAAUGUUGGGACAAAAUUGUGCGCUCGUCGACAACGGGUUGCUAUUCGUACUCGUCUCGACACCAAAUUCGAUUUGUUCACAUCCAGAGCUUCACUAGUAGGGUUUGGCAGCUGCACUUAGUUUUUUUCUCGGAUGAAAAAAAAAAUCUAGAUUUUAACUUUUUAGCAGUAGCAAGUAGUUGUCCUGCUACGAUGCCAAAGUAAUCCUGGUGCAUAGAAAUUUCAUUUAGCGAGAAGGGGCGUGCAUUUCAACCUUAGGCCUUCAGUGACGUCACACACAUGAACACAAUACACUGUAUUGAAUACAGUAAUAUGCUCGUCAAGCAGCACUUAAAUUCAGGAGCAUUUAAAACCAUCAAGUAUGCAUUCACAAUUACGAGCAGGAAACUGAAUUUAUAGAUAUUGUCAAAAAUAAAAAAUGAUUUAAAAAUACUAAAUAAAAUGCCACCCAAAUUACGCUGUGUGAUCUUAAACAAGUCUGUCCAAUAAGUCAAGUCAAGAGUAUUUCUCGAGCACUUUCAAACAGCCAUCGCUGCAUACAAAUUGCUGUACAUGGAGCAAUUUAACAUGCACAAUAAACAGUAAGACAAGUCGGUAAUAAAAGCGGUAAAAAGCAAGUAUUGUGCAAUAAAUUACACAAUAUCGCAGUUUCAUAUAAGACACCAACCAAACAAUAGCAAAACAAACUAUUCUUUGAAAAUAAAGUACGCAGAUCAUUUGCAUUUUGAGAAUCGGCUACGCAAAAGCAAAUAACUGACGAUGUUGAGCAGCUGAGAUUGAACGAACUUUGGUGCACGAAGGUGACUACAAUGCGCCAUUAUAAAUUGCAGGUGAGCAGAUUGAUUUGAUACAUUUUUGUAUCUUUGUCAUUUUAUUUCGUUAGCAUUAAUUUAAUUAUUUCGUUAGCGUUGAUUUAAUGCUAACGAAAUAAAAUGACAAGAAGAUAGGUAAAAUAAAAUUCAUUUACUCACCAAUGUGGUGCCUGUUCACUGAGCUGCAGAUCUCCGCGAGUGUCCCCAAAAGUCUUUAAAUGCACCGUAGCUUGUAAGUGCCCAGCCGUGCUCUGAUGUUUCCUUGCUGCCUUGGUGAAACAACUUCAAUGGGUAAAUCCAGUGUGGCUCCAAACAACAAAUCGGUCCGUUGCAAGCAAUCGGCAUUCCCAGCAGUACGAUUUGCAGAGUUUCUCAGAGGCUGUGAGCCACGGGUGGCGUUCAUAAUUGCUCGUCUGAAAACGACGGACAAACCCUUUUCCUUGUUGGGACAGGCUAGCUAGCGCAGGAGUUGGGCGACCUCUUCGUACAAUAUCCAGCUUUUCGUGGAAGGUCCGUUUUGAAACUUGUGUGGAAAGUAGUUCAGCAACCAGAUCAACGUCUUCUUCUUCGGACCUUUUGGGUUAAAAUGCAGUGAUAGCGCCCUCUAGCAGGCGCUAAUCCAAUCACCGAACGCGCACGUCCAGUCUCGAUGUACGGCAUUCUCGCUGGCCCCGGUGCGCAGACUCGUGGUCUGAUUGGCUAUUGCAACCUGACUGUGCCAGUUCAUUUACAGCGCACAGGGGCCUGUUCUGUUUAGUCUGAAGUUUAAUUUACCUGGCAACACAAGCGCUAGCUGAAAUAUGAUUGGUUAAAAACUCUACCAUAAUAAUUAAGUUUUUUAUCGAGUGGCUUUCAAUGUUAUUUAAAAUGACAUUGAAAGCCACUCGAAUAAGUGGAAAUAAUAUGACGUAAAGAAUACGGAGAAUAAUCUUGUUUACAUAUUUAUGAAAAUAAAAUAACAUGAAUUAAAUAUAUGUUAUUGUAUGAAUGUUUAGGCCAGCAGAGAAGGCCUUGCUGGCCCUGAGGGUCGGCCACUGUCUGUUCUACUCUUGUGCCGAAUUGUCUUGCUGGUGAGGAAAAAAGUGUCGGGCAAUACGUGGACUCAAAACUGGGUGCCGAGGCCACGGAAUCAAGGCUGUCACCUUCCUGGCGUCCCAAUACUUUUGUCCCCAUCGAGUUUCUUCCACGACAAGCGUCGUGCGGGUGGCGUCAUGCGUGGCUCGUGCACAUUUCCAGUCUUGUGGUUUUUUAGUACAAUUCCCGUAGGACUAGAUGGUCUUUCUGUACCAUGCGAGUUCAAUAAAAGACAACCCGAGUGUUUGAAA